ACAACUGAGCCAAUGUGCUCCACCGCGAUCCGUCCUACCGACUGCGGUGCCUGGCAACAGAAAAAGACGUGAUGACGUCCUCCUCAGAUUGCGUAUUAUGGGAUGUGCGGAAUUAAACAACCCGAAGAGGACACGGGGAAGCCAAAAAUAAUAAAAGAGACAGAAAUAAACGAGGUGCAUGGUGAAUCAUGGAGCUCUCGGCUGUUGGUGAGAGCGUCUUCGCAGCCGAGUCCAUCAUUAAACGGCGAAUCAGACGGGGUCGCUGGGAAUAUCUCGUGAAAUGGAAGGGCUGGUCUCAGAAGUACAGCACUUGGGAGCCGGAGGAAAACAUUCUGGAUGCACGUCUCUUCUCUGCCUUCGAGGAGAGGGAGCGCGAAAGGGAGAUGUUCGGACCGAAAAAGAGGGGACCCAAACCCGAGACAUUUCUCUUGAAGGCCAAAGCCAAAGAAAAGAUGUAUGAAUAUAGAGUAGAGGCUCCCAGGGGGAUCCAGGUUUCCUAUCCCAUCCCGGAGCCUGUCAUAACACCGAGGGCUCGGGAGGGUUUACGCACCGUAGUUCCCACAAUCUUCCCACCGAGUGCGGUCAACAGAGGGGAAAGUGUCCACGUCCGACCACCGGAACCAGAGAGGAGGCCAAGACCGACUCCACCAGCUCCUCUGACAGUCCAAGAAUCCGCCCGGUUCCCCAAAAAGAGAGGCCGCAAGCCUAAGAUGCAUUUCCAUUAUGAUAAAGAUGAUGGAGGCAGCUCAGCAGAGCCGGACGCCAAACGGAGCAGGUUACCGGAGGAGCCGGUGCCACACGGUUUGUCCAAAACUCCCCGACGCUCGCAUCAUCACGGAGAGACGUCAGAUCACAGCCUCAUCCAGCUGACCAAGAGGUUUCAGGAGAAGACCACGAUAACACCUAGAUCCUGCAGCGACCAGAGACACGUGGGGGGCGCAGGGUUGUCCUACAGCUGCCCAUUCAAUCCGGAUGUGCGCAAAAGUGAUGAGGGGCUGCACAGGACUAGUUGUGUGAUGUCUAUCCCUCAGCCCAGGAAGGCGAAGCACUCCGCAGAACACCGGAGACACCAGGUGAAGGAGUGCUGUCUGCCACGGGAACAACCGGCUGUCCCCACACAGGCCGAGUCCAUCCACGAUUCGUCCACGCCACCAGCCUCGUCCUGGACCCCCUGUUUGACCAACGUGGACUCUGUGACAGUGACUGAUGUCACCAUGAACUUCUUGACAGUCACCAUCAGAGAGAGCAGCACGGACAAAGGCUUUUUCAGAGAGAAGAGAUGAAUGUGUGCUGUGGAUGCAGGUCAGAGGAGGCUCAUAUAUGCUUGAAUAAUUGUUUAACAAGCUACCAACUAACAUGCCUACUGUAAUACUAUAUUUUUUCUAUGUAACUUUCAAAACGUGUACAUACAAAUAUUUAAUACGCUGCUGAGAAAAUUAAAAAAACAUGAACGUGA